GAAAAUCAUCUGUACACAAAAUCCGGACGGUCAGUUGUCCCACUGAAGUAGCUUGCUGCCCUGAGUAUUAUCACUGAGAAUUGAGUAUCUGCCUCUCAAUUCUCCUGAUGCCCUAUCAGUGAUACCUCAAUUCGCCUGCUGCCGGCGGUGCACGGGUUCUAUUGCCAUGAUCACCAAACCUAGUCACGGCACUUCGGCCGUACCCUCUCGCAAUGCCCUGCGUGUCCUUCGCCGGCUGGCCCUUGCCGGCUCGACGGUGGGCAGCUUUUGCACUGUUGCAGCUAUCACAUACGAUGUCCAUCGCCGAGUCCGCGUUGCAGAACGUAUAGUUGAGAACAAACGCGCCCUCCAAACCUCCGCACCCAAUUACGAUGCAACUUACGCGGCGAGACGGCUUGCCCGUAUGAUGGAAGUCGCGGAAGCCGGUGAAUUCAUAAGUAUGGAUGCGUUCAAAGAAGAGGACCGGAAAUCACAGCAGGCGCAGAGCUUGCAUGUCGGGGCCGGAGAAGUGGGACACAGUGAUGGGAGAACUGAAAGCUUCCAGGAUACGACUCAGGCAGAAGCUUUCCUAGAGACUACUCAUUCAGGUAUGAACGGUGCGACGAAUUUAAAGCGACAUAUAGGGAAGCUUCCUGGGAAAUGUGAUUUUAUUCCACCCGAAUACACGCGACCUACGGACAACCUCAACCGGCCCAAUUAUGCCAUCGACAAGCCUGCCCCUCUUUCAGAUGCCGCUGUCUCGACACCGGGUACUGCAACUCUGGCGGAAGGAGAAAACUCUAUCCCUAAGCAAAUGCAAGACCUUCUAGACCGGGGGCGGCCUAUCGAUGCGGCACAAUUGUUUUUGGACGCACACCCUGCUUCGCUAAAUGGUAUAUCAUCUGAUAGAAGGGAGCUUGCGGUGCAGGCGUUCUAUGUCAAUUGCAAAGAAGAAAAUGUAUACAUCGCAAGAAACAUCUUCGAGCGCUUGGAGGAGGUGGACAAGGUUUCACCUAGACUGUGGAAGGUUUUGGUGUUUGCAUUGGCAAAGAAGGGAAGUAUAGAGUCCGCUGCGACUAUCUAUACUCGGUAUAUGCACAAGUUCCAGGUCUCCCCGGACAUGGUAGAUGUGGUGCUUCGAUGCCUGCUUGAAUCACAUAGGCUCACAACAGCGAAAUGGUUCCUGUUCAGGAAUUUACAAGUUGACCGGGAUUGCGGCUUGUGCGGUGCGUACCUGGCAGGCUUGUGGAGGAAAACAAGGAGCAUUGAGCUCUUGAAUGGGCAAUUGAAAAAAAUACUAACAAUGCUGCCUCGCCUGGGAAAGGACCCCAGCGACAAGCUUUUCAACCCAGUGGUCAAGGCAUAUGUUGAAUUUGGUCGAUUAGCAGACGCUGAGGCUUUGGUUGAAGAUAUGAUAACCACAUAUGAGCUACCCCUUCGCUGCCGCACAAAAGGCCUCCUCGUGUACGGCAAGGCCCUCAUGUGCGACUGGGAGGGUGUGGAAGCAGGCCUUCAGGAAAUGCAUGACCUUAACCUAACGUCGCGGCGACGUGAUUUUACUCCAAUCUUCGACCGCAUAUUCCUCGAAUACUGGGUAUCUCAUACGGGACAUGAGAUCCGUGAUUUCAUCAUGCGCUAUAUUGAUAAAUUCAACAUUGUUCCCGAUCGAGUCCUGUACAAGCACGUCUUGGAAGCAUUUGUGGAGAAAGGGGAUAAGGAAAUGAUAUCCGAGUUCACGAGAACGGCCCGCGAGCGUGGUUGGAAGGUUCCCAUCAAUGAGCAGGAGUUUUUGGAUAUGUUACGUGUUCGUCGGUUAGCACUCGAGGGAGCACCUGUAGGCUUCUGGCAAAUGCUGCAGGCUGCUCGGGUGAAAUACGGGCAGGCGGCAGCCUCACAGCAGAUUCUUGGCUACGACCAGCGUUCAUUCCCCAUCCCCGAAGUCAAUACAAUGCCUUUUACCCAAAGUCCACUGCCGUGGUAUCAACGAACGCUGCAAGACGUGACUCCGUCAAAACCUGUCGAUCAAUAUCAGAAGCUUCAUAAACAGAUGACACAUUAUAUGCACGUUGGGAAGAUGACAGAGGCUCUCAAAUGUUUCCAGAAUGCGAAGAAUGCGCGGUUCCAAUUCAAACAGCUCCAUAUCGAGUUAGCGGCCAUUGCGACCCUACUUGAGCAUGGGCUUAGUGAAGCUCGCGCGCUUAUUGAAGCUGAGUGGCGGAGCAUCCGACAUCUUAUUCGGUUUUUCCCUCAGUUCUUUCGUCAGAUCAUGGAGGUUGACUCGGCGACGGAGGCGGAACUGAUCAAAAUGGCUGUGCUGCGAUUCUAUCAGCUGUGCUGGUCGAACAAGCGGAUGAUCGUCAAGCACCACAUCACUGUGGCUACCAGCCGACGGCUAAUUACGCAAAACAAGCCGGAGACAGCCAUCGAUCUCCUUGCGGCCGUAUACAAGUCCCGCUAUAGGCAUACGCUGACCUUCGAUGGGGUCUGCAUAAAGAUGUUUCUCCGUGCCUUCGCGGCCAUAGAUAAUAUUCCCGGGAUUCGAUGGUGCAUCCUAACUGGCCUUGCUCGAGGAAGUGCUCUCAAUCAUGAUCUUGUUGUCGAAGUGAACCGCAUCAUGGGGGUGCUGAAGCGCAAGUUUAAUCCUGACACGCUUCCCGCGAGAGAAGCCUCUAAAACAACCGAACAACUGCAAUAUCUCGCACGGAUCGCUGAUAUGCUGGAGAAGAAGAGCCGGGGCGAUCCUGCGUUAUGGGAACUCAAGUCUAACCCCAAUGUGAAGCGGUCCUUCCGGCGGAUGCUGAAACGGUCUCUUGAUGAGAGACGGUUGUAUAAAGAAACCGAUAUUCAGGAGACAAUCGAGGCAUGGGAUGAAGAAUACGAAUUGGAAGUGCUUCUGGGCCCCAUUGAUAUCCACCCGAAGUCCAUCGCUGCUCGAUGGAAUGAGCGGGUGGUUUUAGGGCAGAUAUAAGCCGAGGAUUCGCCGUGAUUUAGCAUUUAUUCCCCAUAUUUCUGUUAUGCUGUGUUUUAUUUCCUAAUUUCCUUCUGAUUGGUGUUUUCUAUUUAGACUUGUAUAUAUAGUCCUUCACCGACAUGUACUUGUACACUAGCGAGAUGUAACUAUUUGUUGGCCUAGACCCUUGGAAUCACAUGUCCC